AUGCGCAAGCCCUUCGCCUUCAACAAUCUCUUCAUUAACACCAAAUCCAAAUUCUACAAUCUCUGCAAACCCAUGAGCAAGACGUUGCCAGACUUCACCACCUCGCCCGUGGUUAUGCUGGGCAUCACCUAUCGCUCGUCCCCGCGUGUCAGUGCCAAGGGAAAGUCCACCACCGCUAGACGGCAGCCACAGCCACAGCCACAACGCACACAGCAAGCGGCGAAGCCACAGCUCUACACCUUUUUCAACAAGCUGUCUGUCAUCCCCUGGACGGAGGAGAUUCAGGCCGAACCAUCUCCACCAGCAGCCAGCACCGAGAUCCUGCCCGCCCACAUCCGCUCCUUCCUCACAGAUUUCAGAUCGCGCAUGUGGCUGACCUACCGCAGCAACUUCCCGGCAAUCGGGGAAACGAAUCUGGUGACGGACAUGGGCUGGGGCUGCAUGCUUCGUACCGGUCAAAUGCUCCUCGCACAGGCCCUCAUCACCCACUACCUCGGCCGCGAUUGGCGCAUUCAAGCGGAGGAGAACAUGAUGACCUACCGAGAGCUGCUGCGAUGGUUCGCCGACGAGCCGUCGUCUCGCUCGCCCUAUUCCAUCCACGCCAUCGCCCGCAUUGGGCUCCGCAAGUUUAACAAACAGAUCGGCGACUGGUUCGAGCCGACCACCAUCUCCGAAGCGCUCAGGUUAUUGGUGACGGAGCAUUCGCCGAACGGUCUGAAGAUGUAUGUGCCCAAGGACGGCAUCAUCUACCGAAAGGAGGUGUAUCAGCUGUGCGCGGUCCAGCCUGCCGACGGCCCCGCGCAACACUCGCCGCUGCGGGUCGACGACGACGGCGGCGACACCGAUCACGACGGCGACACCGACGGCCUGGAGAGCUCCACCGACAGCAUGCGGCACUCGCACGGCAACCCGGGAGUGCCCUCCACCAUCGAGGCGGGCGACUAUUCGAGUUCCCACGCCGAGCUCAUGUCGUCCGCCGAAUCCGAGUGCGAGUCGCUCGACGACAACUUUACCGAACUGACGUGGCAUCCAGUCAUCAUUUUGGUGCCGGUGAGGCUUGGGAUCCAAUGCCUCAACCCAAUUUACAUUCCCACUCUCAAGGCCUUCUUCUCCUUCCCCCAAUGCCUGGGCGUCAUCGGCGGCAAGCCCCACUCCUCCUUCUACUUCGUGGGCUAUCAGGACAACAAAGUGCUGUACAUGGACCCCCACUUUGUUCAGCCGACGGUGAAGAUGGACGACGACCCUCUGUUCCCCAUCGAGUCGUAUCGGAUGGAGAUUCCCCAGGCCAUGUCGUUCGACGACAUCGACCCCUCGCUCGCGCUGGGAUUCCUGUGUUCCUCGCAGGCCGAGUUUGACGACUUUUGCCUCAACGCCGUCGCGAAAACAGUGUACAAAGGCUCUUCAUCCUCCUCCUCUUCAUCUUCCUCGUCUUCCCCCUCUUCCUCGACCUCCUCUCCAUCCACCUCUCGGAGCGGAUCCGACUCCUGCUCCGUCCUCCUGGACGAGGACGACGAGGAGUACGUGCUCGUUUGA